AACGUUGUUUCGUUGGCUCUUCUUUUCAACCUCGCCAAUGAUAUAAUUUCACCCGAAAGGGCAAAUUUUUGAUAGUAAAAACGUGCAUUGAAAUAACUAUAGCGAGAAAUGACUCAUUGUUGUGUACGGAAAAUGAAAUCUCGAUGAUGCAGAUAAGAAUGUAAUGUUAUUUGAUAUCAUUUUCAUAUAUAUAGAAGAUCGGAUUCGCGGAGGGUAUCAUUUCUGAAAAUCUUUUUCAACUGAGAAUACUUUUAUUGUGUAUAAAAAUGACUAUCGAGAAAAUUUUCGGUUUAAUUGUUUUUACGUUUGUAGUCAUGAAUUCUUGUGAGAUUGACGCGUUUAGGGUUAGCAAUUAUUUCAAGGAUUUGCAAGCUUCGGAAGCUGAUUCGGAUACGUAUUUGACGCCGUUGCAAAUCGUCAGAAAAAAUGGAUACCCAGGCGAAGCACAUAUUGUCGAAUCCCAAGACGGGUAUUUAUUGGAAUUGCACAGAGUACCUUAUGGAAAAGCCGGACCAGGAAUCAACAAAAGGAUUCCAGUGUUUUUACACCAUGGUUUACUCUGCUCCUCGAUGGAUUGGGUGAUCAAUGGACCUAAUAAAUCAUUAGCUUACAGGUUGGCUGACGAAGGAUACGAUGUAUGGCUCGCUAACGCGAGAGGAAAUACUUUCUCGAGAGGUCAUGUCAAAUACUCUCCUCAACAAAGAGAAUUUUGGGAUUUCAGUUUUCACGAAAUGGGUAUCUACGACGUACCUGCAGCUAUAGAUCAUAUUUUAGCGACCACUGGUGAAGAACAAUUAGUCUAUAUUGGACAUUCUUUGGGAACAACUGUAUUUUACGUGAUGGCUAGUACUUUACCCGAAUAUAGUAAAAAAAUCAAGUUCCAUAUUAGCAUGGCUCCAGUAACGGCGAUUCCUCAUACAACCUCAGCUUUUAGAUUACUGGUUCCUUAUGCUCAGACGAUCCACGAUAUGUCAGACUGGUACAACAAAGGAGCCUUUUUAGAGCACGAUUUAAUGACCAAGAUUUUCAUGAAAAUUUUCUGCGGUACAAAGAUCUUCACCACUGAUGUUUGCGAAAAAUACAUAAUCUUCAGUUUCUUUGGAAAAGAUCCAGAUCAAUUUAAUAGCAGCUUGGUACCAGUGAUUUCGAGCAAUGUGCCUGCAGGAACAUCGGGUAAAAAUAUGAUCCAUUGUUCGCAACUCAUCAGCAGUGGUACAUUCUCUUACUACGAUUACGGAAAAGCUGAAAAUAUCAAAAGAUACGGAGCUGUGAUUCCUCCCAAAUACAACAUGAGCAAGAUCAGUAUACCUGUUAAAGUGUACUACGGUGAAAAUGAUGUUCUAUCAACUCCCAUCGAUACGAAAUUAAUGUACCAGAAAAUCCCUAAACCAUUGGGUCUGGUACGAGUCAACUUCGAUAAAUUCAACCACGUAGAUUUCUUAUGGGCCAAGGAUGUAAAUAGGCUUUUGAACGACGAACUGAUCGAAUUCAUUCACAACUCGACCGAUCAUUUCAGUGGAAUUGACUUCAUUCGAGAUACGGUUAUGCAAGCUUUGGAUACCAGACGUAAAACUCCUCCUCCAGUCAACGUACCUUUCGAUGAAAAAUCAUUUUUCACCACGGUUGGAAAUGAAAUCAGUGGAUUCUCUUCGUUACCCAUGGACGCGACUGAUUUAGCCAAGUAUCCCAAAUUCGUGCAAGAGAAAGCUUUUCUGGGAGUGAAACAAGUUACAAAAGAAAUUGAUAGCGCUAUAAAAACUGCCAACAGUGCUAUGGAAAGUGCCAUAUCAGACAGUAUCAAACAAGUUCAAAUUCACGGAGACAAAUUCCGAUCGACCGUGGAAGAUACUGGAAAUAAAGUUAGUCAAACUGUCAGCGAACAAAUCGCCAAUGCUCAGAAUGCGGUUGAAAAAAGUACCAAAGAAUUAGAAAGACAGAUCAGAGAAUCGAUAGAAAAGCUAGGAAAAAUACUAACGUAAUUUAGUUCUUAGAAAAUAUGAUUUCUAAUACUUCGUUUUGCUAGUCUAUUUUACUUAAAAAGUAAUGGAGAGGGAUGUGAUAUACCUAUCUAGUUCAGUACAUUUUGAGGCACAUUUUUUAUGCUAAUUAUGUACAUGCUUUCAUUUUCCAGUAGGUACUUACUUUUUGUAUUUUUUUUUUCUAAAUUUGAAAAUAGAUCCGGUUAGGUAAACAACAUUAGGUUGAUUUUUACAAACUAAAAUUGAAUUUUUCUUAGGUUCAAAAAGACUGAUAAUUUACAUUAUUUUAAAUUUUUUUAAAAAUACUAAUAAAUGAAAUAAAACAUUGAAGUGUACCUGCUAUAAAUUAUCUAUAAUUCUAUGUACCUACCUAAGUAUCUACCUAUAACUAGACUAGGUCAUUUCUGUACAAAUUUUUAUACGAUUUCAAAAAUAAAUGUUUUAUGUAAAAA